GGACGGGAACCAGCAAAACGCGGUCGCUUCCGUGUGGAGACGGGCGAGCAUGGCGACUGCGAUGAUCUGUCCAGUCCACUCAACAGCCCGAUACACUUGGAGAACCCGGAGUUUCAGACACGAUGGUACUUCAAGUACUUUCUGGGAAAAUUGCACCAACACUACAUCGGCGCUGACGCGGACAAGGAGCCGUUCCUGCUGUCGGUGGUGGUGACAGACGCCAACAACCACAACGUGCCUCAGUACCGCGGAAUCCUCUGGAAGAAAACGGGCGCCAAGAAGAUUUGCUUGCCUUACAACCCCGCCAAACCUCAGACAGUGAAAGGCAUCCUAGGACACUUCGACCUCGAGAAACUAGAGCGAGGUCCGAAAGAAAUCUUCGACCCGGAAAUCCAGAAGGAGUUGCUGGUCCUGGAGGAACAGGAAGGUUCUGUCAACUUCAAGAUCGGUGUCUUGUACGCCAAAGAUGGACAGACGACAGACGAUGAGUUCUACAGCAAUGAGGAAGGUUCCGAUGCCUUCAACAAUUUCUCCGACCUGCUGGGUGAGCGCAUCAAGCUCAAGGGGUGGGACAAGUUCAAGGCUGGCCUGGAUGUUAAAUCCAACACGACAGGUGAGGAGUCCGUGUACACAGUGUACGAGGGCCACGAGAUCAUGUUCCACGUGUCCACCCUGCUGCCCUUCUCCAAGGAUAAUAAGCAACAGGUAGAACGGAAGCGACACAUCGGUAACGACAUCGUGAACAUCGUCUUCUUCGACGGCGACCACAAGACGUUGGCGUUCAAACCCAGCAUGAUGAAAACUCGCUUCACUCACAUAUUUUUGGUGGUUGUGUACAACAAGCAAACCAAGAGCUACAGACUGACUGUUUAUUCAGAGGAGUCUGUGCCCUUGUUUGGUCCUCCACUCCCGGUGCCUCCUGUUUUCAGCGAUCCUCAUGAGUUCCGGGAUUUUCUUCUUGUGAAAAUGAUCAACGGAGAGAAGGCGGCGGUGAACAACCCGCUCUUUGCACAGAAAAGGGAGAGAACUCUGGAAAUGCUGAUCCGUAACCUUUACCAAGAAUACAUGGGGGACGCUAACAAGAAUAACGUUCUUUACCGACGAGCGUUCAGUGACGUCAUCCAGGAUGCGCACGGCUCUCACCGGAAGGAGGAAGCUCGCCGCAUGGAGUUUGUGCGCGUAGGACAGACCCUGAAGUUGAAGACCAUUUUGAAGGGGGACGCGCCGACGAGUCUGAUAACCACCGGGCUGCUGAAACGAGAGCCCUGGGAGCCGCAGCGGUACUACAACGACUUUCCUUAUCACGUGAUAUGUGGCGACUCGUGGGGAGAUAAGCUGAUCGUCUCCACGGAAGCAGGAGUGAUCGUUCUUGAAGAGGGCCUUCCACCUCGCCUCAUCUUCGACAAGACUGUCGUCGUCAAGCAGCUGAGCGUCGUCGAGGUCCAUGGCCUGCUCAUCAUGCGAAUGGACAGAGGUAAAGAUGGUAAGGUCAAUGUGUUCCGUUUGAUUGACUUCGAGGGCGAGGCGGCGGAAACCGUGACCCGGACGCGCGCAGACUGCCGGGAACACAGGCUGGAGCGGACUAAAGGUUGUCACCUGUACGCAUUAAGUCGUCCAGGUGGCUCUCACCUCAGGAUGGUGGUCGCCGUUGGACGCCGCAUGCUUCUAUUUACCUGGAAACAUUCGGCCGCCUGGUCCACCUGGUGUCCGUCUGUUGACCUGGACACCAUCGACAGCUUCACCUUCGUCAGGGAGCUGCAGUGUCCAGAGGUGCCACAGAUAGUCACGCUGAUAGACGGGGUCAAAGGUGACAACCAGGUGUGCGUGGGCUACAAAAACCAGUUCGAUCUCAUCAAUGAGAAGAAUGGAGACACGUUACAACUGUACAGCGUGGAGGCGACUAAGGUCAACCUAGUAGCCGCCCUUGAUAUCUACGAGGACGAUGAAGCGGAAGUCAUUCUUUGCUACAACCAUGUCAGCCAUUUCCAGAAGUUACGAGAAGGGACAUCUCAUGACUUUGAUUUCCACUGGAAUGCUGAGCCCCAGUCCAUUGUGUGUGCCUUUCCCUACGUGAUGGCCUUCACCUCUGACACCAUCGAAAUCCGACUCAUUAUCAACGGUAACCUGGUGCACACCACAACGAUGCCUGACCUCACCCUCAUCACGUCCAAGUGCGACAUUUACUUCGCCUCCUCCGCCUCCCAGACAACCUCCCCCAAGGAGAAGAAAACUGAUUCCAACUACUCCCCUCCGCCAUCGCCUUCAUCCAAGAACAGCCCGCAGCUCAAAAUCUUCAAGAUCCCUCUGUCUUGCCUGGCGGGUCAGAUGAGUGCAGGCGACAAGAGCACCGCCAGUGCCAGCUCACCUCAAGGGACGACACUCCUCGCCCCGGUAGCUAACAACGGCGACCGGUCCCCCGGAGCGCUUAAACGUAGCCCCCUAGUCCGGACCAAACGCACGGCCAUUAGUCUCCCCGCGGAACGGGUGAGCAGGGGACAAAGACCGGCAUGACUCCUCCAGUUCCGACUCGGGCAUCACCAUCCUCCGAACCUCGGAGUUCUCUCCCCCGUCUAGCCCCUUCCCGCACACACCUAACGCCAUCGACUCGGAGCAGGAGACUGAUCUCGUCUGACCUCCCCCUCCUGCUACAGGGGGAGGGGGAAACUCACUGCUCGCGGACGGCGUGAGGUGCGCCGAGUGGCGGAUGUCACGGUGAUGGAGUCGCUUGAGGAAGUGACGUCAGGACUAAGGCGCUCGACCGCAUCUCGCUGCAGCUAAACUGGCACUGUAGUUACCUGACACCUCGCUCCCUCCAGCCUCCAGCAGCCUCUCACACCUGUCCAUCAUAAACCAGGAUUUGGGCUUCUCCAACUUCCUUUCUGCAGGAAUGGUCACCAGUAAGCAGGAAGGUGUUGCCAUGGUUACGGUGCAGCCUUUACCAGUCCAAUGUGGCACCUGGAUAGAAGACGGCGCUGUGAUUCAAACCUCACCCACACCUUCUGAGAUACCUGUCACACCUGAGCGCACCUGUACCUGCAAAGGUGUGCACUCUAACACCGGUAUCAUCUCUUCCUCCCCAUCCUCCCCCACCAGUUCCCUCCGUCCUACCACCUCCCAGUCGUUUGUUGCCCCUCCCCACAAAACACACAAACACACACAUAUUCUCUUUUUGUCCAACCUUGGUCAUUUGUGAUGAUCAAGACAAGAUGUGAAAUUUUAAAUCGUUGACUCAAUAGCCCUAACCUCGUUUAAGUCAAAGGUUAUCGCUUUGGGAUAAUUUCCAUGCUUACUGAAUGUGAGGCACAUUAUUCCCCGCCAUUUAACCUUUGACCCCAUCGUUACAUUCUGUUUCAUAAAUAAAUGUAAAUCGCUAGUUUCCGGCCUUGCGUGACCAUGGGAAAUUAUGUUCGGACAUCUCUUAACUGUGGAUGUUAGCAUUACCUCCCUUGUGGUCAGUGUUACGUGUGAGAAAGAUGAGACAACUCUCACCAGCCUCACCAGCAGUCACGUGCCUACAGCUACAGAAGCAGGCAGUGGUUGGCCUGCGCCGUCGUCUCCCGUGAUGCACGUGUAGAAAUGGAAACUUCUGGAAGCGGCUGAACGCAUGAGACUAACGUGGAGAACUGUUAGUGUGCUGUGAUGUCACUGUGGUGACCUAGAGACCUACCAUUGAACUUGUGACCUCGCCUUUAUAAAUUAUGUUGUCACAUUUAAAAUUUUAUUCUGGUGACGAGUUUGUGUGAGAAGUGUGUGCGCCAUUGUAUGGCAUGGCCGCCUUGGUCUGUACAAGUAAGGUUAGAGGAGAGGUCACCAUCACUGCUUGCUGGGUAAUGACGUCAUCAUCACUCGACAGGCUCGACUGCUGCUUCAUUUUGUGAUGUUGCUGUGUGGACAGGAAGUUCUCUCAGCGAUGUUUGUGAGAGGAAUGUGGACAGGAAGUUCGUAGUGUGGAGUUAGUGAUUCGUCGGCUUCAACAUUCACACCUUUCACUGGCGUCUCACCCGACGUUUGUGACCAGCGCAGGUGUUGACAUCAUUUGGUGGUCGUGAAUGUUUGACAAUUUCAGAUGUCGGACAUCUCUGUGGACAUUAAGUGAAGCAGUACAGUGCAAGGUUGUGACUGAGGUAUGAUCUCACGACAUCAAACACGACUUGUGGCAUGGACUUCUUUGUCACUAACCGACGUUUGGCUACACUACCUACAUUGGAUGGACACAGGUGAUAAGUUCAUUAUCGUACUCAUGAUAUCGUAGGCAACAUCUUCAUCACCAUACGUCCUGUGGGUUCAGACCUCACCUGCCUGUACUGGGGUCACACACGAGGAGGUAGGAUCAGUCAUCAAUCCGGACACGACCGUUAUGUUUGUGCAGGUUGUCGGUGAGGCUGCUGUGGGUGCAGUUGAUACAGUUGCCAAAGUUUCAGCAGCAGGCCGACACUGACUACAAACGAGAAAUAGAUGAGUGAGGUUUAAUCACUGAGGUGAAGCCAGUGAGAUUCUAUGGGUGGGGUGGGGUAGAUCAACUGAUGGUUCCAGUUUAUUGCCGUCUCACUCUCUCAAACCUUUAUUUUUGUGUGGAGAGAAGAGAGUGGGCAGGCGGAGGUUCUUGGAUUUAUGUCUGUUAAUACAUUUAUCUUCCCUGCCUUAUUUUCACCGUCUGUGUUAUUUUCCUGUCAACUGCAGUUUUCAUAUCGUUUACUGCCAUCCUGCUUUUUGUCACGUGACUGGCUUUCCUAAGGUCUCCUGCAUGACCCCAGUGUCCGACAACUGAGACCCUGUGAGGUCAGAUGGACGAGUCGUCUCCGAGGCAGUAGACUGACCUCGCGAUAAGCCAAGACAAAGUCCCGACAGCCUCUUGGAUUUCAAAAUUCUUCACGUUUUCAAUGUGAAGAUCUAUAAGCUAAUCGGAGUUGUAUUAUUCGUCACGUGACUUUUGCGACUCCAUCGUGAUGAUUAGGUAUACUUAUAGAUAUUUUUAUGUUCUGGUUUAUGUUACGGCACCAAGACUCGAAGCAUUUGGACCCAAAAUUUCACCCUGAGAUGAUAUGAUCCCUUGAAGCCCCUAGCACAAAUGUACGCACGUGAGCUUGACCCUGCCGCCGUUGGACAUCGUGUCCAUUUGCAUAAUUUUUACAUUUUUUUGUAAAACAAGAACUUAUAUCAUCUUCGUUCACUUGCUCAACGGACUUUGACGAGAGCAACAACGAAGACGCGAGAAGCGCAGUGUUUGUUUGCGCAGCCAAAAGUAAGCCUUAUACCCUCAGCCACUCACUUCGUCGCCCCGCUCCUCCGACAGACGGCGAGGCUGCUUCUGUCUCUCCUGUCGUCUGUCCUCGUUGUGCGAGGCGUUCUCGCUGCAGCUCACGACCUUUAACCCCCACUCCACUGCUCCCUCUCCCCACACCCCGGUGCCCUUUGGGGGCUCAGACCCCCACUCCCCUGCUCCCUCCCCCCCCCCGGUGCCCUUUGGGGGACACAGACCCCUGCUCCCUCCCCCCCCCCCCGGUGCCCUUUGGGGGCACGGAUCGCACGUCACGUGACUUGUGACCCUCUGUUUGCCUUGGUGUGUUUUGUGAGUCGACGUGAGUAGCUGCUGUGAGUUGACGAGCCACUACUUUUACUGUUCGCUGGUGCAACUCUCCACCAGCAUCGCUGCUGCACUCGUCACUGUUACAUCUCAUGUUUAUAUGCGCACGUCACAAUGACAUCAUUGUACAUCACGUGCUCGCCUCUUUGUGAGUUUUUCACACGCACACAGAAUUGAGCUCAGUUUUCGUUGGCGUAUAACUGUCCGUGGAGGCGCUUUUUCGCCAAGAGCAUAGAAGGGAAUAAACCUAGUUAAAACGUUUCUUCAAAUUUUAUAAAAAUGUUAUUAAAACUGAAAAUUCCUGGGGGAAAAAAACGUUGAUGCCAUUUCUAUGGUGUUGAUCCGUCUGCUCUGAAGUAGGAAUAGGCCGAGAUCAGCGCCACGUGUGUUCAACUUUUCACACCUGAGCACACCUGUACCUGCAGUGGUGUGCACUCACACUCUCAUGAUCUCUUCCUCCCCACCCUCCACCAGUCCCCAGGUACGAGUGCUGUGUGAUUUAGCCAAGCGCUGUCAAGGAGAAGUGCAAUGAUGAGAUUGGGUAUGACCUCAUGACCUCAGGUCGAGGUGUUAGGUCAUCGCACUGUGGAAACUGGCACAUUGGAAACAAAAUGUUCUUUAAAAGAUGGACAAACACGCCGAUUCAGAUUAUUUCUAAUAUUUUCGAUGAUAGAUGACUGGCACCAUUGCGUUGUAAUGAUGGAAAUAGAAGUGACAGAAAAACUACCCCAACAGCACUCGGACUCUAACAGGUGUCGGAUCAGUUCAUCGCUCCAUCUCCAAUUAGCAAUAGGACAGCUGCUAUUUAACAUAUUGGUCAUGAGGUGGCUAAACAUGUAGUUUUCUUAACAAAUGCGUGUUUACAGAUGGAAAUGUAAAGAUUUAGAUGUUCAGUCUCCCCAAGUCACGUGGAGAAGUAGGCGGUUCAUGAUGUCACCAGUGGGUGAUUCGUAAUUUCCCACAUUUACAGAGAAAAAAAAACAAGAUGUAACGACAGGCGAAAACAAAGUUUACAAUGCAGAUAGAUUAAAAGGAAAAAUACUUUUUCACGUCUUCUAGAGGUUUCUGGUUGCUAAGGCUAAAGCUAACUACAAGAAAAACUUUUAUUUAGUUGUAGUCGAAAUCAGAUCAUCCGACAUUUUCUUCCUCACAGGUCGGUGUCUAGGUUACCAAGGAUACAAGUCACACAGACUGCUUUGUCUGAGAUGUAUGGUCUGUUGUUUAAAUGACCAACCUUUAAGUGUACACGUGUGCGAGAGAGACAGUCCAGGGAGACAAAGGGAGACAACUUUGUUAGCUCGAUAACGUCCCUUUGUAGAGUUCUGUGACCGGUCUUACAGCAAAAUGAAAAGAGCUUCUGUGUCUUGUACAAACUCUUGUGACCGAUGCUUACAACGUGUGCUUUUCACAAGAAUGUUGGUGUCUGCACACGCCUGAGCAGUCGCAUUAUGCACGUGCACAAACACACUGUCGAUGGCAAAGCCCCCCGCCAUCCAUGCCCACCCCACCUUCCCUACCCCCCAACACCAUGAAGCUUUUAUUGUGAAGGAAACGAUUGGCGCGACGUGAAGACGUGCAAUAUAUUCGCAGAAUUCCUUUGUGAUAUUCAACUACCUGUUGUUGCUACCAUGGCGAUGGACGUUAGAGCAUAAUAUGUUUGUUGCACUUGUUGACUAACAUUCUCUCUAGCAGAGGGAAGAUACAAUUUAAGAUCCGUUGGCGGGUAAGAGAACUCGGUGGCCGGAAACAAACUUGAAGUAGAAGGUUGAAUGUACAUACACACCUGGAGCAUGUUUUCCGGUCACACACACUCACAUACACACUAACAAUGCCUUCACGAGUCAUAAUAUUUUUCUUCCCCUCAAAGACGGGAUUUUAAUGAAGAUUUAAUCUUGAGCAUCAGACAUCUUGUCCUCGCCGUUUUCAUCGUUCCGUCUCAGCAUCCACGCUUUCGGCUGCAUGACGGGAUACAUGCUCGUUUGUUGCUCACGUUGUUGUCGAUGUUGUACGGGUUUUCUAGUGACUGCCGGCUCACCCCGGGUGUGUCCACGGGUGAGACUGCAACACAAGUACACUGGUGUCUAUCGUGGUUCUGUGUCAUGACUUUCACUGUACAGGGUUGUGUCUCACUACGACAGAAACAAAAAUUUCCCCGCUCUCUCUCUCUCUCUCUGGAGUCAGGUAUAGGGAGACUUUAAACCGCGUUAGACGAGGCAAACGAGGGAGUUAGAAAAGGCAAAACUGCUGUAUAUUCUUGUCAAACCGCAUCUUACUAUUCGCCACUGAGUUGCAGAUAAUAAAGUGAUGCCUUUCAGUAGAGACACAACUGUAACCAUUAUCGCUGAUGAUAAAGCAGCUCCUUAUAGAAAGAUUUGCUAUGUUGGCUUAGUAUUAAUUAGCUUACCAGAAAGCCAUGUCAAAGUAUGUAAUAUUGACUACAAGAUCUCAACCAGCCACUUGGAUUGUGUACAUCUUGUGGCUAUGAAGAAAAUGAGUGUAUGUAUUACGAAAUCCCUAUAAUGUUCAUAAUAUUUUUAACCAACAGAGAAGAAAGAAAAAUCUCUACUUUGGAAAAAAAUAAAAGCAGCAGAUUAA